GACAUAAUAAAUAAAAAAUUCUAGUAUAUAUCGACGAAAAAAUCCAGGGUCUAAAUUAUGAUUUAUUUACAAUGCAUGAUGUAUGAUUAUUUGUAUGUUUGUCUUCAAACUGGUAUAAAAGUGCUGCAUCAUCGUGCGUGUAUACACUCGUAAGAAAUGAUUGGUAUUUUUUGAACAGUGGGUUGGCUCUACUGUCUUUUAGGGUUAUGAUUAUAAAUAAAAAUGGAGGAAUCGCAGAGAAAUUCCACUGACGAUAGUGUUAAAACUGCCGUCGUGCAGUCCCCAAUUAUUAUGAAGAUUGAUGGACCUGAAGAAACUAAUGAUAAAGAGUCUGAAGAAAACGAAAAGAACACAGAAACAUUGAAAACAGAAGAAUUUAAAAUGUGCAGUCCAACAUUUAGACCCACUUUACCACUAUCAAACAAUCCAUUUGCUUCCCCACAAAAUAAAAUAUCAAAAGGUAUUCUAAAGCCAGCUCAGUUUAAUAUUAAAACCAACAAUACCACCUCGACACCGUUUGUAUUAAAGCCCAGUCAACUUAAUCCCGUUAAGAAUUGUAGUGAUAAGACCAAUAGUGAAAAAUCAGAUAAUAGUGAUACCAGAGUAAAUGGAGACAUGCCGAAGUUUGUGCCUUUGGUAGUACCUGAAAAACCAACACAAAAAGUUGCAGAAACAAAAUCUCAACCUGUUGAAACCAAAAUUUCCAGUAAUUCUUUUGUAUUCGGACAGAACUUAAAGGAAAGAGUGGCAGAAACUGAAAAUAAAGAGGAAUCUAAGGCUUCAACAAGUUUAGGGGCCAAUGGUACUUCAGAAAUGUUGUUUAGCAGUGCUAUCAAGAGUGAACUUAAAGCCGAUCCAGCAGAUACUUCAAAAGAAAAAGAAAUGAAAUCAUUAAGCGAAUCAGCAAAAGAAUACGAGGAAUCCAGAGCGAACAAGCGAAAAUAUGAAGAAGUAGAAGUCAUAACUGGUGAAGAAGAUGAAAUUAAUAUUUUAAGUAUCUCCUGUAAAUUAUUCUCGUUUAAUAAAUCAUCUAGUAACUGGUUGGAGUUGGGGAGAGGGACUUUGAGGUUAAAUGACCUGAAUGGGUAUGACUUCGUUAAAAAUUGUGCCGCAGGUAGUAGAUUGGUUUUUAGAACAUCAGGAAGUUUGCGAGUCAUCUUGAAUACCAAAAUUUGGGCAGAAAUGGUAGUAGAAAAAGCAAACGAAAAAAGUAUUAGAGUUACAGCGCUAGAUGCUAGUGGAGAAAUAAAAGUUUUUCUACUUAUGAGCAAUAUAGAAGACUCGAAUAGGCUGUAUUCCCACCUUCAGACUAGGUUGGAAAGAGAAAUCGCCGCCCAGAAACGUAAAAAAACCGAAACAUCAUCCGAUUCUCCCACAAAAACUGAUUGAUUCCAGUACGCUACAUAUUUGUAAAAAACAAAAAGGAUAAUAUUUAUAUUAUUGUGAUUUAAAUAGGUCUACACUGAAAAAACGUCUUUAUUAGCAUGUAUUGAUCAUUUAUUAUCAAGCUUUGUAUGCAAUUAUUUAUAAAGAUUGUUAAAUUAUUUUCAAUCUGUAUAUUUUUCAAGGUUUUAAAAUUUUGUUUGAUACAUCAUGUGAAUAAUACUCAAUUUUCAUUAAAUAUGGCCGCAUUUGUUGCAGAUCUCUAAUCUUAAUUGAAAUAUUGUUUUGGCACAGCUGUGGUGUCAAUUGAGCGGUUUGGACACCACCGCCACUUACACUCUGGCUUCGCAUGCCGCGUCCACUGAUAUCACAUAGCAUAUAUGUCAUCUGUUAAGUCCCCUUGCUUCAACUCUUCUUUACAGUUGUAAAGAAGAUUUCUAAUAAUAAUAAUCCAUAUAUGGAAUAAAGAUUCCCAAGGCAUGAUCCAUAAGGUCCAUUCAGUUAAAAUUUCAACAAAAACACAGAUAUCAGAAGAUUAGGUUUUAGGUUAUAACAUAAAUUCCGUCAUUAAAUUUUCUAGUCUUAGCCUCUUUCUUGGUAUAUAAUACAACGCGCUGUUGCAUUGAAGUGUUGUUGGCACGACAACAGCGCAAGACAAUGGCACCAGGUAGCAUGGAAUAAAUUAAAAUGGAAACGCCAAUCAGAGGCUUACGUCCAGGAGUCGACAAUGAAGGACUAUUAAAAGAAGAAGAGGACCUUUUCUUGACGAACUCGUAGUUGCUUAAUGUUUAAAGCUCAUUAUUAUGUCUUGUCUUGAUGACUUUGAAUUAGCCUUUUUUUACCUCUUAUUGCACUAAUUUUGGAAGUAUGUAGAUCUGUUAUUAAUACGUCAGAUUGGAGAGUAAUCAACUGCAAAAGAUUUUGAAGCUAUUAUAUGUAACAAAUACGAUAAUUUUUUUUGCAAGUUAUCCAGCUAAUUUGUUUUCAUAUAUACAUUGAUCACGAUCUGCUGUAAGUUAUCUACCAAGAACGUCUUACGCCAUCUUUUGGUCCUCCUAUGAACCAUAUCCUUCGCUUUUUCGAAAACCAAUGGAACUAAGGUGGGAAAAUUGUUUAAAACAAUUAAAUAUGUUGAAACAUGUGAUGCAAUACAAACGUUAUUACUCGUAUUGCCUGAUAUAUAAACUCGUAUUGCCUGAUAUGUAAACGAUAUCUCGGUUAUUUAUUUCUUUAUUGCAUAUUAAGGGUUGAUAAAGCCCCUCUACGUGUUAGUAGGUCUUCGAUUUUGUGUUCAGGCAUCGCUAAAAAUGUUUUAUUAAAUACUAUUCAAAAAUGUCUACCAGCUUUCCGUCCAUUGAUAGAGCUUGAGCUGUUGUCGAUACAAAAUGAGCUCUGUGCUCUAAUUCUACUUCCAACGCUGCAUGUUUAGUGUUAGUUAAAAAAUAUUCAAUUGUUCAAACGCUUUUUCCUUUUAGUAGGAAAGACUCAUAAAAGUUCCGACAAAAUUCCAUUCAUCGCUAUAUAUACAUAUUCUAUUUGAGUUUUGAGUAACAACUAAACUUUUUUGACAGGAUGCCUGGUUAUAGCUUCUCGGGUGAAAAUAAUAACAUAUGGUCGAAUAUUAAGUGGUUUAUCCCAUUCGCUUGUUUCCUAUGUGUGUUUUUUGCUGUACGUUCUGUAUUGGCGUUUUUUAACUAUUUAGUGGACUUUAGUGUUGCUUGUGACUUCAAUGGGCGCAAUUGUGGCUUCAAUUGUUGGCGCAAGCUUUGCUUAAUGUUUUUACAUUGUUUCAUAUAUGUUGUUAUAUAUGUACUAUUUUACGUACUAGUUUUUAAUAGCAUUAAGCAAAGAUAUUGUUUUUUCAGUGUACACAAGAAAAACACCAGAUUUUUAAUAUAGGUCAUACACUACGGGGAAGUGUGAUAUAUAUUUACUAAUUCAGAGUAAAUUAUUGAUUAGGUUUAACAUUGUAGUUACUGGUAAAGAAAAGAACUAGACGAACAUUUUUUAAAUUUUUUAUUUUCAAAUUAAUCAAAAAGUACAUACUUUUAUAGAUGAAAUUAGACUUCCAUAAUGUUGUACCUUAUCUUGUAUAUUUUUUUCCUAAAAUAAAUGAUUGUGACGAUG